AUAUCUGCAAUAUGACGAGUUAAUUUGGGCAUCGCGUUAUACAAAGUCUGACAUGGCAGUGGUAAUAUAUAGCAUAAUAAUGCAUCCCACCACUCUCAUAUUAUCCUCCCGCUCUCUCCAAAACGCGGAGGACCGUCCUCUAUAUUGGGUAGCUAGGAUGAUUGCUUUUUCGAUAUACGUUGAGAUCUGAGGGCCAAUACUCUCGUUUGCAAUUCAGCCUCGGAAUAGCCUGCCAAAGCUAGGUAGGACAAUUCAGCUAUUGUCGAAGCCUCACUAUUGUCAAGGAAUGCGAGACGCGGUUGGCUGGACUUCGUUUGCCGUCCCACCUGGGUCGGCGGGAGCUUACAGACAUGAGGGGUCAGGGGUUGACUUGAGAGUUUCGGUCCGGAUCGGUCGUCCAGGUGUUCGUGUUAAGCCGAUCAGAUCUUAGAAGCAAGACAGCGGGAUCCUGCUGGACUAUUCGAUGAACAGAUAUUGUUUGCUCUCCUUGGUUCUAAAAUGAAGACAACAGGAGAAGGGACGAGCACGUACGCCAUAUGCUGUUUAGAAUUAGGAGUCUGAGGCUGCGUUCUAAUCAUUCUGCAGCGGGGGUAUAUAACCUCGAAGUUCUUACUAUACAAGAUGACUCGUUCUUCACAAUGUCAUUCUUUCCAUGGUCAGAAAAGUCAGUUUUUGAUUUCUUUGUGAAAAUGUUUUUGACUUACCUAAUUCCAACUUCCGCCACAGGAGGCUUCAUAUUCUUAUCCAUCAUUGGCUUUGUUAUUUAUUAUAUCAUAAAACUUUUUCAUAACCAACAGUCCAAUGCUCUAGAGCAAGUAAGCAGGCACAGUGCCGUUGCUAAAUUCGACGUUCUCGGGGAGAACAACCUACUCGAUAGGCUCGCCUCCCGAGCUAGACCAAACCAAAGACUGAUCUUGGUCUUUGGUAUCAACAAUUCUUUUACUACCAUGGAUCAAAAUGUCCAUAAAAACUUCACCAGAUCAGCUCUAAGCGUCAUCCUUAGGAUGAGUCCACAGAAUUGGUUAACUUUCUUUACCAUCUCAGAAACGGCCCUCAAUGAAGCACUCAGGCUUGAUUCAGCCUCUCAAGACUCUGUACCAUUGGCAGUCACAGUCCGAUUCGUCGUUUUCGCGGCCAUGACAUACCAGUUCUUCGACGUGAAUCUCGGCGGUUCCAACUUCGCUGAUGUUGUUGAGGCGACGAAUGCGAUCAAUAAUCUCUGGGAACAGUCAAAGAAUAUCGAAACCAUAGGGCCUGAGUUGCGGAACGAACAAGACCACCUUGAGGCUUCUCUAAGACGUCUGCUUCCGAACCAUUUCCCAUGUAGCUCCGAGCAGCACCCCUUGAACACCAUAAUCCCAGCGUACGAGACAAUGUGGCGCGUGGUGUUGCUAACGUACGUCUCCGCCGGAUUCAGAGACAUGGACCUAGAAACGACACAGCAAUUUCAAGAGGUCAUUCGAAAUAUUCCCGAAUGUUUCAACUCGGAACCUAAUUGUAAUAUAAUGGACACGGCGAUUAAUUUUGCUAAGGAGGGACUAAGAUUGUAUCCCCCGACGAAGCGAAUCCAUCGCGCGGUGCCCAAUGGUCAAGAUGGCUGGUCCAACGUAAAGGCAGAUGUCGAAUGGUGUCACAGGGAGAGGCGCAUCUGGGGGCCCGACGCCGAGCAAUUCCGCCCCUCUCGGUUCCGGAACAAUACGGAACACAUGGACGAGGCAUACAUGCCGUUCGGCGCAGGCAAACAUAAAUGCCCGACGUCAGCUAAGUUCUCCUAUCACGCCAUAAUCAUUCUCGUGGUCGCGCUGGCCAAGCGUUUGGGAACGAGAGAAACGGGUUCUAAGGUGGUCUAUAACGAUCCACGGUGUGAUGGAGACGCGAAGGGAUUAUUGCCUUCGGGUAGGAAGGAUAUGGACGGUUGGGUCCUCGAGAUGAAUGGAGUCGAGUGGUUGGGACGCGCGAUGUGAUGGGUGAGGGGAUGAAGAAGACGAUUCUUGGGGUAAAGGG